AUGAGUAGCACCAGCCGCCGUAUUCAUCGUAAGACCGGCUGUGUGCCAUGUAAAAUCCGCAAGAAAAAGUGCUCAGAGCACAAACCUGAAUGCACAGACUGUGCACGAUUGGGCAUUACGUGCAUAUACUUGCCUGAAAGAUGUCCCCGAGAAAAGAUCAAUUUCUACCGAGAACAAGUAGAGGAAGCACUAUUGGAGAGAAGACGACUAAAGUCACAAGGCACCUUUAGCGGCAAUUCGAGUAUUGUCAAUUCGGCACUGGAGAAGCUCACCGCUGAACACAAUUCCGAAGCCCAACUCGCUACUACUGCUUUUACUACUACUAGAUCGACAGACCUUUGGCCGAUCACGCCGUGCGAAGAGAUCAUGGAUGACAGCGUCGAUAUUCUGGAUUCGAUAUUUAGAGCGCCAUCACCUUUACCGUCACUCUCGGAGCCCUGGAUGAUGAAACUUGACGAUACCGCUAUGCAUCUCUACUCUUACUAUCGUGAUUCCUUGUCCCAGAUCAUUUCCAUCGCUCCCAGCAGGCAGAAUUAUUAUCUUAAAAUAUUUCUGCCCAUGGCGCAUCAGAAUGAGGGCAUUCUUUAUGGUAUUUUGGCAUGGGCAGCUCACCAUUUGUCGCUUAGUGGGCCCACCGGUGGUGGCAAUACGCAAGGGUUGCCGUCAAUAACACAUGUCGAAGAAUCCAGCCCAGCUGCUCUUGACGAGACUUUUCGAGAUGUCACUGAGCAUGGCACUGACGCCAGCAAUACAGACAUGAAAGAGUGGCUUGUCUCAUCACCAUUGUCCUCAAGCGAUAGCUCAAGCUCCUCAUCGACUAGACAAUCACCACGCUCCUUUAGAAGAGAUUCUUUGGACAGGGAAUUGGCGCACAUCCCACAGCCUGACCCACGCUACACUGCCGUUGCCAAUGAAUACACGCUCUACUCCCUGCAAAAAAUUCCCAAAUCUACCGAGGAGGGACUUCUCCCGACUCUAGCAAAUCUUCUCGUGCUAUGCGGUGCGGAGAUUUGUCAAGGUGACAUUGAGCGCUGGAGGGUACUUCUUAGAUAUGCGGCUCGCAUCAUAAAAGAUCAUACGACUGAUAGUGACAUAGGAGAGUUGUUGGCCGAAAGCGAGAAGCCAGGCUCAAAAAUGGACGCCAAAGUUACUCGCUGGCUUUUGUCGAAUUUUGCAUACCACGAUAUACUGGGGUCGGAUAAAACCCACUUCCCAAUGCAGCAAUACUCGCGGAUUUUGGAGGAGCCUGCUUUAACCUACAAUUACCCAGUAGAUCCGCUGUACGGAAUCAACAGACCCAUUUUCCAAAUACUGGGGCAAGUCAAAAACCUUGCACGCAAGGUGAAGCAAGAAUUGGGAGCUGGUGAACAUGUCAAUGGGUUGGUGUUAGAUGGACCUCUGUACAAUAUUAUUGGAGCCGCACAGCGUUUACAAAUAUCCUUGUACAGCAUGCAACCUAUUGAAUAUGAUCUUGCGUGGUAUGAGACCUCGGUGGACAGUGUAGAUGAUGCCCGUUCUUUGGCAAAAAUACUGUAUUCAGUGUUUCGUACCACAGCUCUUCUUCAUCUGAAGACAGCUGUUAUGCGCCAGCCUAAAGAUUGCUACGAUAUCCAGUAUCUGGUUUUGGAACUAUCGAACGAUCUGGAUAAAGUAUUGGGCACGAAAUUGGAGAGUGGGCUAUGUUUUCCAUUGUUCAUUUGCGGUGUGAAUUCAUUUCAUGACGCGCAGCGGCAAGACGUUGAGUCCAAAUUUACUAGCUUUCUGCAACGUUACAAGUUCAGAAACGUGGAAAGAGCUUUCGCGGUAAUGAAGCAGUUGUGGUACAACUGCGAUAUAGGCCGUGAACAAGACUGGUACGAUGUCGUAGACGAAAUUGGAUGGGAUCUCAAUUUCGCAUAA